AUGAAAAUCGGUCUAAUUCAUACAAACGACGCUGUCAACGAAAGCAAGAUAGACGGAGAUGCAGAGAUGGUAGACAUACGUUUUAAACGUGUUGCAAAGAAUGUACAAUGGAGUGACUUGUUUCCACUUUGGAUUGAAGAAAGUUUACCAUGGGAUUCACAACCUUGCCCGGAAAUCCCAAUGCCGAGGUUUGACGAAUACGAUGAUUUAGACGUGAUUGUUGCUAGGGAUCCCUGUGGGUCAGGAGUGGAGAACAGAACUUCUGAGGAUGUUUUUAGGUUACAAAUUAACCUAGUUGUUGCUGACCUUUUGGUGAGAAAUGGCUUAAAGAAUCUUGAAAGUGAUCGACCAGUUUAUGUUGUGUUCAUUGGCAGUUGCAGUCCAAUGAGGGAAUUGUUCAGAUGUGAUGAUCUAUUGUGGCAUGAAGAGAACUUUUGGAUUUACCAGCCUGAUUUGAGAAGGUUGAAACAAAAACUGCUCAUGCCCGUGGGAUCAUGCCAGCUUGCCUCACCAUUUGCUAAACCAGACUCAAUCGAUCAAAAAAACAUUAUCAAGAAGCCAAAGGAAGCUUAUGUUACUGUAAUCCAUUCAUCAGAAGACUAUGUUUGUGGUGCAAUAGCUUUGGCACAAAGCAUAAUCCAAUCCAACUCAACCAGAGAUCUCGUCCUGCUAGCGGAUAACUCAGUAUCCGCGAAAUCCCUAGAAGGGCUAAGAGCAGCCGGUUGGAAGAUCAAGCACAUUGAACGAAUCCGAAGCCCUCAUGCCCAACGAGAGGCAUAUAACGAGUGGAAUUACAGUAAGCUUCGAAUAUGGCAACUUACAGAGUAUGAUAAAGUUCUCUUUAUAGACGCUGAUCUUACCAUUACAAGAAAUAUAGAUGGAUUCUUCGUGUACCCGCAAUUAUCAGCUGUUUGGAAUAGCAGGCACAUAUUCAAUUCUGGUGUGAUGCUGAUUGAGCCAUCAGCGUGUACAUUCGAAACCCUAAUGGAGCACAGGUUUAAAGUAAAAUCAUACAAUGGAGGUGAUCAAGGGUUUCUUAAUGAAAUGUUCGUAUGGUGGCAUAGAUGGCCUAUAAAGUUAAACUUUCUUAAGGAUUUCGUUCUUAUUCCAGAUUUGGUUCAUGAAAUUCCCAAAGACAUUUAUGCUCUACAUUACUUGGGAUUGAAGCCAUGGAUGUGCUAUCAAGACUAUGAUUGUAAUUGGGAUUUCGAGGAAUAUAGACGACAUGCUAGCGAUUCAGCACAUUGGAGUUGGUGGAAAGUUUACGAGGCCAUGCCUAAGGAGUUAAGAUCUUAUUGCACGUUGAGUCGAGAAAUGGAAUCUAGGCUGCGUUAUGCAAGGAGAGUGGCUAGGAAUAGCAGUUUUCCUGAUGAGCACUGGAAAAUCAAGGUGCAAGAUCCAAGAUCGCAUUUCUUAUCAUGA